GUGCGACUUCGAUUUCGAGUCCCGAGUCCGAGGCGACUGAUUCACAAGUGCUACCAGCUUGUAACAACUACACGAGAACGGCGCGCCGUCGGUUCAAACCGCUUUUAUCACAUCUUUCAAGCACGAACGCAAACAAUGAAAGCGAAUAAGAUGGCAGCGCCCGUAUAAAAACCACCGGCGCGUAUCUGAUAACGCUCAGUCGUCGGUUGCACCCAGCCAAAAUCGAGCUCAAAUUUUGGUCGUUCGCGCGUCGAUCGCUUCGACUUUUUUCUGUUUUAUGUUCAUAGACGUUUUGUGAAUGUUGGUAUGCAAAAGUAAUAGAAGUUUAUCUUCUAUUAAAUUACGGACGAUACGACAAGAGGGUUGUGUUGUUGCUAAAAUCCAAGCAGCUACUCGAAGCGGCAGUUUCCCUUGCAACUGGCGACUAUUCUUGAACGGCGAGCCGCCCUGGUGUUGCUAGCGCCCUCCAGGUUUUAAAUAAGCACCCUCUUGCACAUACAACCUGGACCAAUCUGAGCACCCGCUGCCUCCUUGCUUACUACGAUCCUCGAUUCUUGCUGAAUAUUAUACGCAUUUGGUUUAAUUACUUCUUUCCACUUUUUCUCUCUGAAUAUAAACGAAACCUACGCAACUCUCAAGAUGAAAGUGACAAAUUUCGAAGACAGAAUUCACGUUAUUGAUGAGGAUUCCAAUGUGACGAGCGUCAUUAAAAACAUUGUCGAACCCAAUGAACAGGAAGAUGCUUUUUAUGUUUGCGACGUCGGAGAUAUGGUUGCCAAGUAUAAGACAUGGAAGACGCAAAUGCCAAGAGUGGAGCCGCACUACGCUGUGAAAUGUAACGAUAGUCCGAUCGUAUUGUCGACUUUGGCUUCGCUGGGCCUCGGCUUCGAUUGCGCCUCCAAGGGUGAGAUCUCGAAAAUUCUAAAACUUGGAGUUGAACCAUCGCGCAUUAUCUUUGCCAAUCCGGCAAAACCAGCUAGUCACAUUCGGUAUGCAAACACUAGUGACGUCAAAAUGAUGACUUUUGAUAGUGCGUCGGAGCUGUACAAGGUCAAGAAAAUGUUUCCCGAAGCCAAAAUGGUUUUGCGCAUUCGUUACGACGCCGAAGUCGCACAAUGUCGUUUGGGCGUGAAGUUUGGCUGUGAUCCGGUGUUGGAAGCUCCGCACUUAUUGCAAUUGGCGCACACAUUGGGAAUCCAAGUGAUUGGCAUUUCGUUCCACGUCGGUUCCGGAUGCGGCGAUCCACCGGUCUUCUACAAGGCCAUCGGCGCCGCCAGAAAGUUGUUUGAUUACGCUGAGAUGGAACUGGGUUUCAAUAUGACUUUGCUGGAUAUUGGUGGAGGUUAUCCGGGUGAUAAAGGCACAUCAAUUGAUAAAAUUGCAUAUUAUGUCAACAAAGGUUUGGAUGAUUUCUUUGAAGACGAUACAGUUAGGGUCAUCGCUGAACCAGGUCGGUUCUUUGUGGCAUCCGCAUACACUUUGGUUUGCAACGUUUAUGCCACUAGAACCAUCGGUGACAAUCAGGAUCCGAACAAACACACCAUGUACUUUAUCAACGAUGGUGUGUACGGCAGUUUCAAUUGCAUGUUGUACGAAGACCGCAAAGUCACUCCGCAACUUCUCAAGAUCAACUCAACCACCGAAUAUCCAAGCAGCAUUUGGGGUCCUACUUGUGAUGGUAUGGACGUCAUCGCGCGUAGCAUCAUGUUGCCUGAAGUGAACAUUGGCGAUUGGAUUGUCUUCGAAGACAUGGGCGCUUAUACACUGAGUGCUGCUUCGGCUUUUAAUGGCUUUCCAGUACCCAAGGUUCAUUUGAUUGUCGAUCAACCAACUUGGUACUUCUUGCGUGAUGAAGUUUGUCUCACCAAUGAGCAUUUUGCACUCGGUAAUGACAAUAUCCGCCUGGGACUGGACGACGAUUUCAGUGCCAAACCAUGGACCUACCCGGAGCUGCCAGUAUCGAUGAGCAUUUCGCGUUUUGACAUCUCCAACGGCGAGCAAUAUCAAGAGCACGUUCUGGACUACGCCAAGCCCUGACGGAUGCAUCUAUUGCGUUCUCACCCCUCAUCUAUGAUUCCAUUUUUUUCUACCUUCUCGUAUGUUUUUUAAUCGACUCGGAUUCUGAAGGAACUUAGGCACUAUCUUUUUCUGGGGUAAUUAGACGUUUAUUUUUUUAUUGAAGUAAAUAAUUCAGCAUGAAUCUAUAUUAAUUACAUUAAUUGCAAACUCGAACAUAUGUAGACAAAAAACAUUUCUUUCAAAUUAUACUACAUGUGUGAUUGGAAAUUAGUAGAUCAGUAUAAAAUGAAAACAAAAAAUAAUAAUUAGCACAGUAAUGUAUAACAUAUGUUGAUGUUUAGUUGACAACAUUUCUAUAAGUCAUAGCAAUUGUGUAAUGAUCGUGUAAGCAAGGGGGCAGCUUUAUUGCAAAAAUCAAUCUUUUUGUUGCGCCGUUUGAUUUUCAUAGGGUCCAAGUUUUUCUAGCAUAUUAACUUGGGUACUACGAGGCUCAGAUGGCGUACGCUUUUAUUAUUAAUUUUGAUCUUAAUAUGAAUUAUAUAAAAUUAUAUAUUUAUCCUUGUAGAAUACUAGAAAAUAAAGAUAUAUAGCAUAGCAAUAA